GACGUGAAAGCACGGCCGAAAGAGCCCCCACACUCUUGCCCACACUGGCACAGACGGGUGUUAGUUGGUCAAGCCGGAAAGUCUUCGCCAGGACUUGACCGCACGUGUGGAUGUAGGGAGCGUGCACUUUAGCAUGCAGCGCGGUGGCUGCGUCUGUUGCCGGCAGUUUUGCUGAAUCCAUCUUUCUGGAUGUCACAGCUUCCGUGUUGUGGGCUUGCGGAACACUUAUUUCUCCACAUGCAAUAUCAGAACGCAGAAUGACGUAUCAGAGAAGCCCAACGUUGGGGUGGUCCGUAUGAAGACGUCCUUUCGCGAUUACGCCCCCAAAUAGCAGAUCGAUGAGCUAUCCAACCAAUAUAUCGCGGCCGCUUCGUGUCGUUGCGGCGCACAGGCCCCCGUUUGUGUUUCUGGACGAAAACGACACAAAGGCCGGUUUCGUGACUGGAAUGUUGGUGGAGCUGCUGCGCAAGAUGCUAGAGAACACACCCGAGCUGGCCGGCGCGACGUGGGACUAUUUUAAGGCGCCGAGCAACACGGGCGGCUACCUGCAGCCAGACGGCAAAUGGAAUGGCAUGAUGGGGCAGCUGGUGGACCAGAGGGCGGACAUUGCGCUGUUCCCGCUGACAAGGACUUUGACGCGCUACCAAGCAGUGGACUGCACCCUCACAUACAUGGACAGCGGGAUUAGCGUGGUGAUCAUUGCCGGCAAGGUCACCACCGGGGCGCUGUCGGUGCUCGCGCCCUACACCUGGACCCUGUGGAUUGUCAUCCUGUGCACCGUGGUCGGCAUAGCGCUGGUGUUCUGGACGCUGGACGUGUACGGGCAGUGGGUACGCAGCACGCGCAUCACCAAGCUGCAAAAGGCCGGCACGCUGCCCGUGCCCCACCGCAGCGGCGACGGCGGCGGCGGCGGCGGGCCGGCACACGUGGGCCGACGCAAUAAGGUGGCGAAGGACAGCCGCAGUACAGUGUUGAUCAGCUUCAUUGCAGCGGCUGGGGCGCCGGAGCGGCCGGAGCGCAGCGGCUGGGGGGUUCAGGUGCUGUAUGUGGUUUACUGCUUCUUCUGCUUCAUCCUGCUGUCCGCCUACACAGCCAACCUGACGUCCUUCCUGUCCGUGCAGCGCGCGGCAGUGGCCAUUGGGGGGCUGGAGGACAUCGCACGUGACCAGGGCCGCCUGGCGGUUAACCCCAACGGCUCAACCGCUUCAUACUUUUACCGCUCAUCGGAUCCAGUGGCCAUGCAGAUCUCACCAAAUCUGGUGUACUGUGACACGCCCAAGUGUCUGGAGCUGCUGCGGGCCGGCGAGGUGCAGGGUUUCGCCACUGACAAGCCUCUACUGGAUUACAUCGCGGGACAACAGCCCUGCGACCUCGCACUGGUCGGAGAACCGUUCGGACCCAGUGGCCUGGUGUUUGCACUGCAACGCAACUCGCCACUGACGGAGCCACUCAAUCUAGCCAUACAGCGCUUCAUAGAGGACGGCUCGCUGACAUCCAUGAAGCGCGCCUGGUUCGACGGCCUGCGCCAGUGCGGCAAGGGCGGAGUGGACCUCAACAACUCACAGCUGGGGCUCCCGCAGAUGAUGGGCGCCUUUGUAUUCCUGUCUGUUGGAAUCAUAGUGGCUUUCCUGAUUGGCACCGUUGAAAAUCUCAAAUGGUGCAUCAUGCGGGCUCACAGGAAGCAGCACGCGGCGGAUCUGCAUGACCAGCAGCAACACGACCUGCAACACCUGCGCAGCGGCGGCGGACCCGGAUCCGGUGGCGAGGGCCCGCCGCCGGGGGCGGCCGCGGCGGCGGCGGACGCCGGCGGCGGCCGCAGCGGGCGGUUGCUCUUUCUUAACGGACUGGGGCAGGGGCUGUGGGACCGCGUCGCAGGCGGCGGCGGCGACAGCGGCGGCAGCGAAGACAGCCGCCGCAACCGUGAUAAUAAUGGCAUCGGCAACGGCGGCACCGGAGGUGUGGGAAUGGUGGAAGCGUCCGCUGCUGCAGAACAGGGCGGCGGCAGCGGCAGCAGUUUCCUGGUGCCGGGGGCGGCGGGGGCGGCGGGCGGCAGUGCCCUGCUGGCCGCGACGCCCAGCUCCGCCAACUCGGCCAGCGCGUUGUUGGGCGGCGGCCGCGGCGGGCGGCAGCAGCAGCGGCGGCGGCAGCCCACCUCUACAGAGCUGACACCGACGGCGGCGGCGGCAGCGCCGCUGCCGCCGCCGCCGCCAGGCGAGGUGUCGUACCGUACGCCGCCACGGCCCUCGUGCAACGGCGGCGGCGGGAGUGGUUUGUACGGCGGUGAGGGGGUUAGCAGCGGCAGGAGCAGCGGCAGCAGCGGCAGCGGUAGAAGCAGUGGCAGCGGUAGUGACGUGGACGGCAUAACGGAUGAGGACUACGCGGGGGAUCCCUGGAAUGACUCUGCCGCCUCCCGCCACCACCGCCGCAGUCAUCGCACCAGCCGCGACGCCCUGCUGCUGCUGCACGUGCAACCGCCGGCGGCGGCGGCCGCCAGUGAGGCGCACCACCAGCACCACCAGCACCACCAGCACCACCAGCACCACCAGCAGCACCAGCAGCACCAGCACCUACACGGCCAACACGGCCACGGCCACGGCGACCAACAUCACGGCAGCACCCAAUCGGCGGCAGCGGCGGCGUCCACAGCGGUGGCGACGGCGGCGGCGUGGGUGUCGGGGGAUGUGGAGCAGGGAAGGCCCGGUCCGCCGUUCACCAGCCCGCCGCGCGUGCUGCUGGCGGCCUCUGCCGCACCGGCGGCGCUGGCGGCGCCGCCACUGCCACCGCUGCCCGCGGCUGGCGGCAGCGGCGCCGCAGACACCGCCGCCGCGGCGUCUGCUGCCCAGCGGCCCUUCAGCGCCUCCCAUGCAAUGCCGCCGCUGCCGCCGCCGCGCCAGCCGUCAUGGCUGCACCAGAGCGGCAGCAAUCAAGUGCAUGCGGAGGCUUCUGACGCAGUGGCGGCCGCCGCCGUGGCAACCGCCGAGGUUGGCGGCGCCGCCGCCACGGCAGCAACCGACGGCUGGCGGCGCGCCAGCGCCAGCAUCCGCCGCUUGAGCGAGGAUGGCUGGACGAGUCUUAGCGCCAGCGGCGCCGGCAGCGGCGGCGGAGGCGGCGGCGGAGGCAGCAGUCAUGGCAGUGGUGGUGGAGGCGGGGAGGGAGAAGCUCAUCAGGCAGCGGGGACGGCGGCGCCGCCGGACCGCGCACACAGCGACGAGCCGCACACGCAGACACCGCCUCAGCAUCAGCAUGCGCCGCCGCCGCUCCAGAGGGAGGCGGCUGUAGCCUCUGUAGAGGCUGUAGAGGCUGUAGAGGCUGUAGCGCCCGGUGCCAUGCCAUCCCCCAGCGCAGCAAAACCCUAUGAGCGGCUUGCAGGCGGGCCGGCGACGCCGCCGCCGCAGCCGCCGGCAGCCGCCACGCUGCGAUCAAGCGGCGGCGGCGGCGGCGCCGUCAAUGGCCGGCAGCCGUCACUGGCGGCGCGCCUGCCGCCCUUGCCUCCGCGCCCGCCGCUCUAGGGUGCGGGCGGUGCGGAUGGCGAAUAGUAGUCUACUUGUUCCAAUGGUUACUGUAGGUGCUGGGGGCGGUUUUGAUGCCGGCGGCGGCGGCGGAUAAAGCGGUCACUGGCACGCCAAGUCGUUUCCCUCGCGAUUUCCGCACUUGUAGGUCGCGGAUCAGUGGCUAGCGAGUCCUGGUCCCGUACGGUAUGCAUGUCGCCAGGGAGCGCGUCCGCCGAGUCGCCGUGAGGGGAGGGAGGGAGGGCUCUCGCUUGGCAGGAGCCCCGCUUGCUUGGGCCGCGACUGGGCUGGCCGCCUGGGCGACGGACGGCUGGUUGCAGCCCUCCUGCAGGAAGCAUUAGGGCGAUUGGCCGAGUUUGACUGAAAGCCUUGGGGUUGUUUGAAGACCCGAUGGUGAUGCAUUCAUUUUCCCACAUUGCGGGCCAGGCCGGUGCAAAAACACAGGGUGGUAAAUACCUGUGUGGAUUCAUUCUUAGAUCAGUCUAUGACUGACUGACACGGCAACGGUACUUUGCCGAGUGCUUGUGCUUUUGUGUAUCAGGUGUUCCCAUACGCUCACAGUGGCUUAUCACCGCAGAUGUGUCAAAUAGGAAUGCACGCGAUGGCCAGGGAUGGCCUAGGGUCAGUGGGGGGGACUGUGCGCGUUCGGUGGUACAUAGCAGACGGGACGGGCAGUACGUUCCGAUGGCUGGAGGAGAUGUGUACUGCCCAGCCACGCGUAAUGGAUGCCUGAAUGUUGUGGGGAAGGGUGUUGCAGGGACGGACGGCGGCGGCCGGCAGCUUCAGGCAAGUCGUAAUGGGGCAUCGGCAUGUGUUUGUUAUCGGGCACUCCAGGGGGCUUGCGGGGACGAAGGGUGGCCCCGGCCGCGAAACAUGCCAGGGGUACUUAAGUUGCGGCGGUCGGCAGUUACGUUGCAUAAGCGCUUGUGGACACUUUGGCCAGCAGCGGCGCCAGCAGGGUUUGCAGGGGUUUGCUGCUGCACGUGCUUCCCUGAUGCGGAGGCGAGAGAGUGUUAUCACUCAUCA